AUGAUCAUUUUCAGGCACAAGCCUGGUAUUAAUAUUAAAGAUCCUGGCUCGAAAGACGGCAAGACCUGGUUUGGGGUCGUCAGUUGGCUCAAGUCCAGUCCAGCUGUGAGGCGACUCUAUUGGGGCCUGCAUUUAGAGAACGAGAAUACAGUAUAUCUUCAUAUUGUUAGAGAAGGGCUCUAUCAACAUUACGACUUUUUGGCCUCGCCAGACUAUGCAGAGCUAAAACAACGCCUGCAAAACAUGAUGCAAGGUGAUUUGAUAGUUCGACAUGCCGAUCUUAUUGAAUAUACACAGCCUUGCGAAUCGAUCGGGAGAGGGGCACCGUUUACCGGGACAGCAAUCUACAAAGUGACCGACAAGGCUUGGGACUACGCCUGGAACCUCUGGUCAACCAUUGUUCCUAGAGUCAAAGGGUGCAAAGGCGUGGCUGGGGGUUACAUUGUUGAGCCCGUGGAUGGACAUCAAAGGUGCUUUAUAGCACUUGUUGGAUGGGAGACUACUGAAGCACACCACGCCUAUCAUGAGACCCGCCACUGGAAGAAUCGAGCAGCCAUAUUGACGGAAGGACAGAAGGGCUUCAGUGAAUACGGCCAUAUUGUCUUUGAAAGCGAGGCUCAUAAACCGCGUCUGUAG